CAUAGCUCGCAGCUGAAAUCACUCACUCCUCGGAGCUCAAUGGAGCAGAGAGUUGAAUCGCCAACUUCUGCCAUCGACGAUGGAGAUUCGAAUAGAGAUGAUGAAGAAGAGGAGGAGGAGGUGAUGAGUGAGGUUCACAUAGGCUGCCCUCCGGGUACCUCGGGCCCCCACAUCUCCCUCUUCACCAUCUCCAUUCCACCAGCUUUUGUAGAUUGUGUGACCAGAGAUAGUAACCUGUCUGCAGAGGAUCGAUCUCCGGAGCAUGGAGAGGUCUGUGUGGACGAAGAUGGUGAUCUUGUUCUGACAAGACGGAGCAAGCCAUCUACCCAUUGUUUUACUGUGACCAUACAGCAUAAUAUCACAUCUUCCAUUCCCAGAGUUGGUUUACAGGUCUGGAAAGCAGAACUAGUGUUGUCAGAUUUUGUGUGGCAUACUAUGUCUACUUCAUCCAAACUAGAUCAGAUCACUGCAGUUGAACUUGGUGCUGGAACAGGGCUGGUUGGUAUGUUGCUGGCACGUGCUGCUGAAAAAGUUUUCCUCACAGAUCGUGGAGAUGAUAUCCUUGAGAACUGCUUAAAGAAUGUCCACCUCAAUGACGGAGUUCUCAAUUAUAAAGCUGCUAUUUAUGUACGUGAACUUGAUUGGAUGAAACAGUGGCCUCCUGAAGUAACACUAACGAACAUUGCACCACAAGAAAGGUACUCAUGGACUUGCUCAGAAAUUGAAGCAGCUGAGGGCGCUUCUUUACUUUUAGCUGCUGAUGUAAUCUAUAGCGAUGAUCUCACUGAUGCAUUAUUCAAUACCUUGGAGAGAUUGAUGUCUCGAGCAAUAGAAAAGGUACUAUAUUUGGCAUUGGAAAAGCGAUACAAUUUCAAUCUCGAUGAAAUGGAUGUUGUUGCAAAUGGUUACUCUCACUUUCGGGAUUUUGUCAGAGACGAGGGAGAAAACGAUAUUGUUGACAAGGAGGUGCCAUGUUUUGUGGGCAAAUGCAUCGAUCUUACUCAAAUUCCACGGUACAUAGAUUCUUAUGAUCGGGGAGAUGAUGUUGAGCUUUGGGAGAUCAAGUAUGUCAGGGGAAAGUCUUCUUUACUGUCAAACGUCGAGGGAUCUUGAAAGGUUGGUCCACUCUUGAUCAUCUUCCAUUUAUAAAUUUUGAAGCCAACCGAGCUGUAACACCGCGAUUCUAUCCUGUUGAUCUAUGGCAAUUCAUGACAUAUUUUCGACCAUUUCCUGGUCACUACUGUGGAAUCUUCCUCUUUACUCAGUCGAAUCCCAUUGUUUCUUUCGGCCUAUAGUCUUCUCCAUUCACGAUUGUUAGAUUAGGCAGAUCUAUGACCUUAUUUUACGCCUUAAAGUUAUAGCUUCUUUGACCAAAAGGCUGUGUUCAAACAGACAAGGCUAAGGUUUCUUGAAAAUGAAGCUAACAAUGGAGAAUCUGACAUUGCUUUCAGCCGAGGCAAAUGAUAAUGUGAUUAUUAUUAUUUUUUUCUCUC